UUAAGUUAAAAACCCUUGUACGACGAAGAAUAAAUAUUUCUAUGCCGUUCUGGGUUUGAGGAAUAACAUUUUCCCCUUCUCCCAGCUUUUACUGAUAUUCAGUUUUCAAUUCUCGACGCUCUCACCGCCACUACAGCCAGUGGUCUCUCUCAGCGCUUUCGCACAUCUAUUUCGGCUAUCCCCCUCAGCCGUAGCUCUUCCUCUUCGUCUGUCUCAUUCUCAGCCUCGGCAGUCAUCUCAGUCUUGCCUCCUUUUCAGCCGUUAAAGCUCCUUUCGCGGUUUACAUUCAAACAGUUUUGGGAGCGAGCAUCAAUGUCGACCUUCGGGGGCGCUUCGGCUGGCAAUCCUAAUCCUAAUAAUUCCUUCGAGGUUGCUCAACCUCCUAAUGAUUCUGUUUCAAGCCUUAGUUUCAGUCCCAAGGCUAAUCACUUGGUCGCCACAUCAUGGGACAAUCAGGUAAGAUGUUGGGAGAUAAUGCGUAACGGGAAUGCUGUUGCCAGUACACCCAAGGCUUCAAUAUCUCAUGACCAGCCGGUUUUGUGCGCAGCUUGGAAGGAUGACGGGACAACUGUCUUUUCUGGUGGCUGUGACAAGCAAGUAAAGAUGUGGCCUUUAUUGGCCGGUGGUCAAGCAGUGACUGUGGCUAUGCAUGAUGCACCCGUUAAAGAGGUUGCUUGGAUCCCAGAGAUGAACCUCUUGGUAUCAGGAAGCUGGGAUAAGACCCUGAAGUAUUGGGAUACUAGACAACCAAAUCCAGUCCAUACACAACAACUCCCAGAUCGCUGUUAUGCACUGACAGUAAGGCAUCCACUGAUGGUUGUUGGCACUGCAGACAGGAAUCUGAUAGUCUUCAACUUGCAAAACCCACAGGCUGAGUUCAAGAGAAUCACUUCACCAUUGAAAUAUCAGACAAGAUGUGUUGCUGCCUUUCCUGAUCAGCAGGGUUUCUUGGUUGGCUCAAUAGAGGGAAGGGUUGGUGUGCAUCACCUAGAUGAUUCACAGCAAAGCAAAAACUUCACUUUCAAAUGCCACAGAGAUGGCAGUGAUAUAUAUUCAGUCAACUCUUUGAACUUCCAUCCAGUGCAUCACACGUUUGCAACAGCAGGCUCUGAUGGUGCCUUUAAUUUCUGGGAUAAAGAUAGUAAACAGAGACUUAAGGCAAUGUCAAGAUGCAACCAACCCAUACCUUGCAGUGCUUUUAACAAUGAUGGUUCACUAUAUGCAUAUGCGGUCUGCUACGACUGGAGCAAAGGCGCAGAAAAUCACAAUCCAGCAACAGCAAAGACAUGCAUUUACCUGCACGUGCCUCAGGAAUCCGAGGUUAAGGGCAAGCCUCGAGUUGGAGGGAGUGGAAGAAAGUGAAAUUGCUCAUGCACUCGUGUUUUUGUUGUGAUCGUAUGUAUAUGAACUGGAUUCUUAGAUGAGUGUGGACGUUUUCUUGUAGUUGGAUAAAAACUUUGGUAAAUGAGGAAAUUUUUGUAUCCAUUCAAGUCCGCAGAUGUUUUGCCUUUUGGUUUCAUAUCUCUAAACAUUACGUGUUGAGUUCUGACAGGAACUCAUUUGGUGCAUCAAAACAGUAAUAGGAUUACCUUGCAAUAUGAAACAUUUUAGGUGAUUGAUUUUUUUUGC